UCUCUGGGCAUCCUGUGCCAAUGUUUCAAUACCCUUAUUGCUGAAAACUUCUUCAUUAUAUCCAAUCUAAAUCUCCCUUUUUGUUGGUUUGAAGCCAUUUUCCCUUGUCCUAUCACAACAAGCCCUGCUAAAGUAUCCGUCCCCUUCUUUCUUAUAGCCUCCCUUUAGACACUUCAGUUCCAUACGGUGUUGUGAGUAUUUUGAAACGUGAAUGUAAUCUAAUUGAUUUCAAUGAGACUAUUUGUUGCUUGAAUGCAGGCAGGAAUCAUAUCUCGUUAACUAAAGAUUGAUUCAAUUAGUAUUAUUUCUCGAACAUUAGGAAACAGAUAUUAGCCAGAUUUGUUUACAGAAGCAGAAAUACUGAAAACUGUUUUAACUCUCAAUUCCAUACAAUUCCUGAAUGCAUUUACUGCCAGGAACAAAACAACACGGGGAAGAGGGACCCGGCUCCACUGAGGGAAGGGGCUGAGAGGGAGAGGCGGCUGUGGGGAUUCUUCCCGCCUCUGGCGUUAGGAGCUGGGAGGCGGUGAUGACGAGGUGCCGUCGCCACAGGCUGAGCUUCCCGAGGUCGUGAGGGUUGAGGUUUGCUGCUCCGGGUGAGCUGUGUACCAAAGUCCCGGGAGAAAGCUGAGCACGGAGAAGGGCGGCCGAAGGGUAGUGACGCUGUGAGAGUGCGGGCGGGAAGGCUCCCCUCAGCCCUGAGGGGUGGGAACACCUCCGGGUAGAGCGGGUAAGUAAACCAGGAACGAGGCGGCUUCCCUCACGGAGAAACUUAAAGCUGGGAGGCGAGGGGCGGUCCUCCAGGGAGGGAAGCACCUUAGGGACUGAUAUACGGGCCCUAUAGAUGCUGCAGGGGGGCACGCUCUUCAAGAAGCAGAAACGUCAGCGAUGUGUCUCAUGGUGUUCUCCACAGUGAGGAUGAACAUCUGCAUCAUCUGUAAAUAAGCUCCUGAAUUCCAGAUCGUGGUAUUAAAUAACGUUCAGCGAUCCUGUCUUUAUCUCUGCCAUGCAUACGGAACAAAUAUCAUUGUGAUCUUCGAGGGAGUUAUUUAGAUUUUUGUAGAAUUUGGAAAUCAUUAAAAGAUCAUUUAUUAUUAACAUUUUAACAUUUCUUUAACUUUCAGACUGUCUCUACAAGAAUAGAACUUACUUUUCUGAACAUGUAAAACACAUAUUCUCCAACAUUUGUAUCUGUACCGUCAGAUGACAAUGAAUUCUACCUUUAUCCAAAGCGUAUUAAAAUAGGAAGUCAUCAGAAAACCAUGAAGAAAGAGGAGCAGCACAAGUUGGAACAGAGUAUACACUGUGGGAACACUGAUCAGACACCACUAAAUGAACCUAUAUGUUUAUCAGAAAUACAAAGCAGCUGGGUAUUAGAAAAUGAACAUUGUGAUAGACCCAGCAAAGCUUGCAUAAGAGAAUCCUUCUAUUCUCAGGCUUCUAAUAGUGAAAGAAUUCUAUGUAGAGUACUAGAAAAUAAACUGCCCACUAAAAAAUGGAGUCCUGAAAACAAAAGCCAAAAUACCAUAGAAGAUGACAUUUCAUUAAAUAGAUACAGACAGCGUGGUGAAACAGAAUUAUGCAAUCUGUGGAGUUCUAACACAGGUAAAAAACUACAUGUACCAAAUCCUGUCCGACUGCAUCAGAACAAUACAGAACAGAAUAAAAUAGAAGCUGACAAUGAACUUAAACAAAAGUCUUCAUAUGUGCCUUUAAACAGGAACUUGUUUCAGAGGUGGAGGCAAUAUCAGCUUUCACAAGUUCCAUUUUCAUGUGGUACUUGUUCUGUGCUUUCUUGUGAAGAAAAUGAGAAAAAUGUUUCCCUGGAAAAAGUAUGCAGUAAAGAAAGUAAAGAUUAUUACCACAAUGAUCACGCAACUACUACAGAAAGAGAGAAUAAUAAUUCAUCUUCUAUUGUCCCAACACCAAAAUGUUUUAAAAGCUUACAGCCAUUGGAAAUUCCUAAGAUCUUGAUGAAAGAGAACACAUUUCAAUUUCCUAGUAUCUCAGAUAGAAUAAAUAGUGAAAUGCCAUCAGCUAACUUGGAGGAGAUGGUUGGGAAGACGCUAGAAGGCCAACCAAAUUUGAUGCAAUCUAAACAGAUACGUGGCGUGCAAAAUAUGUCUGAGGUAGGGAACCAGAAACUGCAGAAUGAUAAAAACACCACGAAAGCUUCAUCUGUUGGUUCUGAAUUUGAAGAAGAGAAUUAUCAGUCAAACAACCAACAAAAGCACUGUGCUGUGGCAGAAGGAGGAAAACUGCCUAUAACUUGUAGCAGGGACAACAGCACGGAUCCAGAACGUAAUCAAAUAUUUGCUGAAAGUGAUUUUAAGGUGCUGGAGAAAUCAGAUGAUGAUGAUGACCAGAAGUCAAGGAUUCACAUUUACAUCAGUACUAAAAAAGUUCAGAACAAGAAAUUGAUCAGUGUGAUGGAUAUUUUGAGGAGAAUGGGGAGGAAGAGCAGUCAUGAGAACAUGAGAACAUUUCAUACACAGACAAGCAUUCCAGCGACAACAGAAGCAUUAGAGAAAAAUAAGUUAGACCUAUACUAUGGUCUGCAUGAUUCCAACAGUGGUAUUAGUUUGCAAGAAGCAGAAUCAAAACUAGCUGCAAAUGAAAUACUUGAUAUCAAAAGAUACUUAAUUGAAAGCAUUGUAUAUGAAAGCAGUUGUACUCCCAUUGUUGUGCACAGUUUUCCAAAUAUAAAAGUGAGUUUCGGUGUCACAAGGGAAAAGAAAACAUUCAAAAUAAGGUUCUCAUUUCCAAACUUUUUAUCCGGAGUGCUCAGGAUACAGACCAAAUUGUUAGCUGAAGUUAUGCUUAUGUGUCAGGCUGACAAUAUUACACAUUGGUUUGAGCGAUGUGAUACUCGAGAGUUAGUAAAGAGCAGUUCUGGUGCAAGCCGCAAGAAUAAAACCCGCAGUUGUUUGCUGGCCAUUAUUUCAAAGCAUCUGAAGGUGAAACUACAAAAGAAAGUUCUUACUUCCAUUUUCAGUAGGAACCAAAGCAGUGGAUUAUCUGAGGGAAGAUUUGUCAGAAAGCACCACCUCUUGUCCAGAAGGAGUGAAAGAUUCCAUGGCACAUACUUGGAGCCUGUCAGUCAUAGAAAGGAUACGAAAAAACAAAUGUUAGUUGCUAAAUGCCUACUUUUGUUCGAGGACAGUUGUGAUCGCUCUUCAAUAGAGAAGAUGCAUUACUACAGCAUAAAAAAAAUACAGUACCUGAUAAGAGUAAAUCUUAGAUGUUUGAGUUACCUUCCUGCCUGUUCCCAGCUGAGGUUUGAAAAGUUAAUUAAUAAAUGUUCAAAUCAGCAAACACCCGCAACCACCAUGAAAUGGGGGAAGAGCAAACCGAGGGAAAUGUUCAACAGUUAUUUUCAUGGAGGAAGACUUAGAGCUUUACCUCUUAAUUUAAGAGACAAUAAAGAACACAAAACAAGUAAAUGCAGAACUUGCGUAAAGACUACAAAGGAAAUGAUAUAUAAGAUGAAAAAAAUCUCAGGUAGUUUUAAUUGCAUAAAGGCUGACAGGAAGGAGGAUUUCAAAUCCAAGGAGCUGCAAGUAAAUUCUCAUUGUUUUCUUACUAAAAAAUCUCUUCCUCUUUUUGACACAUACAAAAAAAUUCCCCUUAAUUGUGAUUCUGAAGACUCUGACCAGAUCUCACUUGUAAACCAAGAUAAUUCUAUCAAAAAACUGUCAGCUGUACAAAACACAGUCACUAAUUCAGAAAACAUUUGUAAGUUGUCUCCUAAAAGUAAAGAUGUUGUAAUAUUACCUGAGCAGUCAAAAACUACUAUGGAAGUAUGCAGUUCUCUCUUAUUACAAGGCAGCCAAACACAUAAACCUGGAUACUGCAAAGCAAUAGAUACAUAUACCCUAAAUUUAGUUUGUGAAAAGGAAUUUGUAGAAUUUCCAAACAGUUAUUUAAAUUCUGGAACCAUAUUCCCUAGUUCUUUAAGUGGUUCUCUGUAUAUCACUUCACUACCACCUAGAAACGCUUUUGCCAAUAAAGAUGGAGUUGUAGGAGAAGACAGACGUAGUAGGAUUCCCUUAAAUGCAGACAGACAAAAACUAUCUGAAAAAUAUUAUGCCACUAUGUCUUACUUAUGCACAAGAAGUCCUACUGUAAUACAUACAUACUUGCAAUUACAGGCUAGUGAAACAGUCUAUUUUUCUUUGCAAGGACAGACUGAGACAAAUAAGGCUGUCAGCUUAGACCCAGCAACUUGGAAACAACAUCUUGAAUAUGUAAAAGAACAGGAAGAGAUAAGUGAUGAACAAAUGCAUGUAACUAAUGAAAGUCAAUGUGAGACUGUAAUGAAUGACUUGAUUAUGUCAUAUUCAGAAGACGAAGCUAAAACAUUCAUUGCUGGAAAGAAGAAAUUAAAAAUGCAUUUAUCUUUAAUGAACAAUGGAUGGCUUGGAGAUGUAAAAAAUGAAUAUUUACCUUCAGAAAAUAAAAUCACAUAUGAAUUUGAACUGAAAAGAAAAUUUGAUUUAGUGCUAGAAGAGCUACAUAUGUUUCAUGAAAUUAGCAAGGAAGAUGAAAACAAUUUAUCUAGUGUGGAAACAAACUCUCACAACAAUUACAGUGAAUUAAUUAGUUCUGAGGGCACAGAAGAAAAUACAGAAAGUGUUUCUGAAAAGAAAACAUAUAUUUCUUCUCCAGUCUGUGGUACUAUAAAAGGGGAAAAUAUAACUGACAGUAAUGAAAGGUUAUUAAAUGAAAGAAUAGCACUUGAAAAUGAAAAUACAGAAGCGUCUAAGGAGUACUUUACUUCAAGACCAUUAAGUGAAGACUGGCUACAUUCACCUAUUGCAGAAGGCUACUUUCAUUCCAGUUACAAAAAGCCAUACACAUGGGACCCUGCUUUUUUAUCCGGCACACUUCUGAGGGAAGACAAUAAUAACUUACAGAAAGAGGAGGAUACUUAGGAUACUUUCUGUCACAUGAAGUUACAAGAGUACAGCCUCUUAAAACAUGCAAGAGACCCAUCAGAAUUGGUCUGUCAAAAAAAGCCAGGCCCCAAAAACUUCAUCCUUAUUUGAAAUGACUUGCUGGAAUCUGUUACCAGUCUUGAAAUAGAAAGUCUGUUUGAAAUGGUUGAAAUGUUUUUAUGCUAACUUUGUAUGUUGUUAGUUUGAUCUUUAUGGUUUAUAUAUAUCUAUUUUAGGCAUAAAUACUGUAACACUUGAUAGUAAUUUAUUUAUUUAUGAAUACUCCUGUGAAUAUUUGAUAGCAAAUUUAUUAUGAAUGUUUUCUAGUAGAAAUAUUAAUGGAAAGAUGAGACCCUUUUAAAGUUAAUGCAAUAUUAAUAAAAUUUGACAUGCAUUUCUCAUCUAUUAGAAUAUACUGUUGAAAUUUUGUCUGACACAUCAUUAAGAUUCUCUGCCUGUCCAAAUAGUUUUAAAUACUCACUAUUUUCUAAAGUUAUUUGUUAUAAAUGUUUACGGAGGUGUAAGGGACAAUUCCAAAAGGAUAAAUUUAGAUUACUAAAUUGGAAGGUUAUGGAUUAGGCUUCAGAGUAAGUUUCAUCUGUUGAACUUCUCAGUACUUGUUAGCUUAAACAAAGGAAAUUUUUCAGUCACAGUGCGGAGUUCAAGAGGAGGAGAAGCAUAAAUGUAAUAGAAAUUCAGGAUAGAAUAAUAGAAUGGUUUGGGUCAGAAGGCACCUUAAAGAACAGGUCCUUUAUAAACACACAAGAAAGUGCUAUUGAAAGUUCUGUGAUGAAUUUGCAGAGAUUGAAUGACAGCUGUCUACAGGAGAGUUAUUUUUCCAUGUCCUUUUCCUGGGCAAGCUUGUGAUAAUUAAAGAACCUUUGGAAUACAACAAAGACAUUGCAUUUACAGUAACUGCAGAGAACUUCUGAUGGCAGGGUUUAGACAUAUCUCACUUUUGUCCUACCACGAAUGGGAACUCCCAUUGCUCAGGGUAUGGUGAUACUAGAUGACAACUGUUUAAAAAAAAAAAAAAAGCUGUUAACCAUAGGGCUUUAUAAUUCAUAGGAUUUGUCUACAAAGGUAAAUGUAGAUGGUAGAUAAGUCUAUGCUGGCUUCCACAACCACAGACUAAUCAGAGCAUGUUAUGUCCAGAGUCCAAAGCUUUAAAGUCUAUAGCAGUGAUCUCAUAACUCUGUGUUAUCAGCUUGGAGCGUGGGGUCAUGAAAAUAGCCUUCAUUAUUCUGAAAUUUGUUAAAUCAAUAAAAGAUGCUAAAUCACGUCUAGAAUUGAUGUGGCCCCAGCAGUGUGAGUUGUGAUGAACAUUCACAUAGCUAAUUCUGAAUUUUUACUCAGUGGCAACUGCGUUUAAUAGCCUAAAAUUUUAGUUCAGAUGUCCCAAAGCACAUCGGAGAACACACA